UAAAUUCGAAGUGGAGGCUGAUUUUGGCUGCAGUCGCAGUCUGUGAUGUUCUUCUUAGCGUAGUCAGAUACUUAUUAACGUGUAUAAAACUCCGCUGCAGCUAUCACCCCCCGAAAACCAGGUUGACGACCCCCAACCAUCAAACCAACGGUAGCAUAACCGACAGGAGUUGUUGUUGUUGCUAGAUUAAGUACGACCUUAAAAAAUGUUGCCGUCACAUGUUUGUGAAUUGUUCGGCGGGUUUUGAUCGUUGACCACUUCACCUGAGACCCUGCGUAGACACAGGUAGGUGUUGUGUAGCGUGCAGUGUUGCCGAAGUGUGGAAGGAUCGUGUACUUUACGGUCUGUGUUGCUCAGUCUUUGAAAGAUGCCACCCAAGAAAAGGGCCAGAGUGGCUAAAAGAUCUGCAAAGACAGACAAAGGUGCCGCCGAAGGGGAAACGAGCUCCUCUGGUGGUAGGAGGAGGAAGGCUGCAGCUGCUGCUGAGACUGGAGGGAAAGAGGAGAGUUCAGAGUCACCUGCUUCUCCACAGCACUGUCGCUGGCUGAUGAAGUCUGAGCCCGAGAGUCGCUUCGAGAAUGGGCUCGACCUGAAGUUUGGGAUCGAGGAUCUGAAGGCUGCUCCUGAUCAGACCAGCUGCUGGGAUGGCGUCCGCAAUUAUCAGGCACGCAAUUUUAUGAGGCAGAUGAAAGAAGGGCAAGUGGCUUUCUUUUACCACAGCAACUGCAAGGAACCAGGGAUCGCAGGAAUCAUGGAGAUUGUGAAGGAAGCGUAUGUGGACCACACUCAGUUCGACAAGAAAGAUGUCCAUUAUGAUGCAACCAGCAAACCUGACAACCCAAAGUGGAGCAUGGUAGAUGUCCAGUAUCAAAGAAUGACGAAGCGUUAUCUUCCCCUGUCUGAGCUCAAAAACUACCACCUGCAGCAUCGCGCCAAGGGAGGGCCUCUGAAGGACAUGGCCCUUUUUACAAGGGCCAGGCUCUCUGUCCAGCCCCUCACCACUGAGGAGUUUGACUUUGUCCUGAGUUUGGAGGACAAAGAGCCACUGUGAAACUGGAACCUGUUAUAGCAUCUGCCCAGAGUUUAUGCAGAGUCGUCAGUGUAAAAUACUAUAAAGUUUUGUUUCUUGUUCAUAAAUAUUAUUAAAUGUCUUUUUGUCA